AUGAGUGAAAAUAAAAAACCAAGUGGUUCCGAGUAUCGAAAAAGGGCUCGAGAGCGUAGUGAGCGGGAAGAUGCACUUUUGAAAAAAAUGCCUUCAUUUGAUACGUUUUUUAGUAAAUCUAAAACAUCGUCUAAUAAUGACUCUUCUGAAUCAUUAUUAGAUGCCUCAGUGAAGAAUGUUCUGGUUGAAAGUAACAAAAGCAAAAGUGAAAUUCACGUGGCGGUGCCGUCUACUAGUGCUAAUACACUAAAUAAAACUCUAACUGAAACGUUCCCGGAACAGCUGCCAGAUGGUUAUUCACAUUUCAAUGUGACUGAUGAAAAGGUAAAAAACUUGAAAAAUGUUAACGAUCCGGCUUUGUGGGAAAUUAAUGAAGAACUGCGUGAAUAUUUUGCUAUCCACGGCAUUAUUCAAAAUGAUGAUGGAGAUUUUUCUAAAUCUAUAAGAAAAUACUCAGACCAAAAUAGGUUUUUAAAUAAAAAUGUAUUUUUUAAGAAACUUGUUAAUGGGGAGGUUGUUAAAAGAUGUCACUUAGUUUAUUCAAAAUCGACAGGUCGUAUUUAUUGUGCAUCCUGCAAACUUUAUGGGGGAACUACUUCUUUGGGAACUGAUGGUUUUAAUGAUUGGAAAAAUUCUCACAUAAUCCAUGACCAUGAUAAUAAUGCUGAACACAGAGCAUGUCUGCGCAAAUAUUUAGGACGAAGUAAUUUAUCCCUAAGAAUUGAUUCAAAAUUAAAGAUUCAAUAUCAAGGAGAGGUGCAGUAUUGGAAAAACGUGUUGCUCAGGGUUGUAGAAGUUGUUAAAUUUUUAUCUUCCAGAGGGCUUCCUUUUCACGGAGAGAAUGAAAUUUUAGGUUCAACAAACAAUGGAAACUUUUUUGAGUGCAUAGAACUUUUAUGUAAAUUUGACCCAUUUAUAGCUGAUCAUGUAGCCCUUUUUGUAAAUAAAGGUAAGGGAGUACCUUCAUACUUAUCUUCCACAACAGUAGAUGAGUUUGUUUUACUUUUAGCAGACCAUGUGAAAACUAAAAUUGUGACAGAGAGAAAAUUGGCAAAGUAUUUUUCUAUUAUUGUAAAUUCUACUCCGGAUGUAUCGAAUGUGGACCAAUUGACAUUUGUUGUUCGUUAUGUUGCAACUGAUGGAUCACCUAAUGAACGUUUUCUGACAUUUAUUCCAAAUCGUGGACACACAGGUGAAGACCUGGAAAAAGCUGUGGUUUCUACGCUUGAAACUCUAGAUAUAAAUAUAAAUGACUGCAGGAGACAAAGUUACGACAACGCUUACAAUAUGUCAGGUUGCUACAAGAGACUGCAAAACAGAAUUAAAGAGCUUAAUCCAUAA